AUGGAAACAUCUCAUCCGGGAUCCAGAUUCUCCGACGAUUCUCUGGCAAGACUUUCGUAUGAUACAACACGCGAUGCCCUGGCCGACAAGAAUUGGACCGAUUCGCCGCCGCCAUACACCCCAGUCGCUGCUGACGGCGAUACUCUUACAGGCAAUGACGGGCGUAUUCGUCUUGAUGUUGACUCAAAACUUGCCCGCACUCUGUCAGUCUUGAUCAAGAACACACCGACACAAUUAUCGACGGCUCAUCAUGAGCAUGAACCCGAGACCCUAGAACAACCCCCACCGCCUCUCAACAUCGUGAUCCAGAUCGUUGGGAGUCGUGGAGAUGUACAGCCGUUCAUUGCCCUUGGAAAAGAACUUCAGAAAUUUGGCCACAAAGUCAGGCUAGCGACACAUAGGAUCUUCCACGAGUUUGUGACCAAGUCUGGGCUUGAGUUCUAUCCUAUUGGAGGCGACCCUAACGAACUCAUGGCUUAUAUGGUCAAGAAUCCUGGUCUGAUACCCAGUAUGAAGACGAUGCAAGCAGGAGAGAUCACGAAGAAGAGAGCAAUGAUGCGCGAGAUGCUCGAAGGAUGUUGGAGAUCGUGUAUCGCGCCAGGUGAAUCUACAGGUGCGCCUUUUGUCGCCGAUGCAAUCAUUGCCAAUCCGCCUAGCUUCGCACACAUCCAUUGCGCUCAGGCCCUAUGCAUUCCCGUACACCUCAUGUUCACAAUGCCUUGGACAGCCACAAAGAGCUUCCCUCACCCUUUAGCCAACAUUCAAGAGAACAGAGCAGAACCUAGUAUGGUAAAUCGACUGUCUUAUGCAAUGGUUGAAUGGAUGACAUGGCAGGGUCUUGCGGAUGUAGUGAAUGAUUGGCGCGAGACUAUCGAUUUGGAGCCAGUCCCAACGACCGAGGGGCCAUUCCUUGCAUACACUCAGAACAUUCCUACAACAUAUUGCUGGUCGGCUGCUCUUGUUCCCAGACCUCAGGACUGGAGUCAACACAUUGACGUAUGCGGAUUCUUCUUCCGAGACAUGCCUGACUAUAAACCGCCGCAGGAAUUGCAAGACUUCCUGACCGCUGGUUCAACACCGAUAUAUAUCGGCUUUGGCAGCAUAGUCCUUGAGGAUCCGGACAUGAUGUCCAUGAUCAUCUCCAAGGCUGUUGAGAACACUGGCGUGCGCUGCAUUCUUUCGCGAGGAUGGGCUGGCUUGAGCAACAUUUACAAGUCUCCGAACAUCUUUGAGCUGGGCGACUGUCCACAUGAAUGGCUCUUUCAACACGUUUCAGCUGUCGUUCAUCAUGGAGGAGCCGGUACAGCUGCCUGUGGACUCAAGAACGGUCAGCCAACCUUGGUUUGUCCCUUUUUCGGCGAUCAGCCAUUUUGGGGCGAGAUGGUUCACGCUGCAGGUGCAGGACCUAGACCGAUACACCACAAAAGCCUUACUGCUGAGAACCUUAGCGAAGCCAUCAAAUUCCUCAUAACACCUGACGCAAGACAUUCGGCUAGUCAAAUUGCGCAAAGCAUGUUAGCAGAAGAUGGCGUCAAGGCUGCGGUCAAAUCUUUCCACCGACACCUGCCUCGCGAGACUGUUCAUUGCGAUGUCCUACCUCACCUUCCGGCCGUUUGGACAUAUAAAGUAUCCUCCAAACAAACAAUCAAGCUUUCCAAGUUAGCGGCCGAGGUUCUGGUUGACCGCCUCAAGAUUGAUCCGAAGAAAUUGGGCAUAAACGAGAUCAAAACCUACCACAUCACCAAUCGACGCUGGGAGCCUAUCACGGGUGCUGCUAGCGCGGCUAUAGGUACAUUUUACAGAUCCGGACUGGCAAUCGGUAGCGGUUUCAAGGAGAAGCGAGCCUUUUAUCACAAUGAUCACCUACCUACAAAAAGUAGUGAAGAGCCUGAGUCCUGGAAGCCAAGAUCAGACGGCAAUCGUAUAGCCAGAGGCUUCGGCAAAGCAGGCAAUACUAUACUCAAAGGUGGAUUAAUCGAUAUUCCUUUUGCCCUCGCUGAAGGUCUGCGGAACGCGCCCGCCAUGUACGGCGACAAUCCGCGCGAUUUGGGUCCUGUCACCGACUGGAAGACUGGAGGUGUCGCUGCGGGCAAAGGCCUCUUCUUUGGCAUCUAUGACGGCAUCACUGGUCUCGUGACUGAGCCUGUCAAAGGUGCAAAGCAGGAAGGAGCGUUAGGCGCAUUGAAAGGCUUUGGCAAAGGUCUGGGAGGCAUUUAUUGGAAACCUAAUGCUGGAGUAGCUGGUCUGCUGGGUUAUACUAUGCAGGGAAUUUACAAGAGUGUUUAUAGUGCGAUACAUACUCGAACCAGGAAGGCAAUCGCAGCGGCGCGAAGAGAAGAGGGCGUCUGGCUGCUUUCAAGGUCGAGAGAGGAUAGAGUGCUCGAUCUGAGAGACAUCGUCACGACUUUCGAGGAGCUGCGAAAAACAGCUCAAUAA